UGGCGGCGCCCAGGCGCUCGGCGCAGCGCCGGGACGUGCCGGAAUAGGUGUGAGGCCGCGGGGAGCGAGCCGCCAUGCUGCGUGCUUCUCUGCGUCAGAUCUCAGCAGCGCUAAAGGAAGGACAGGUCACCCCCACAGAGCUCUGCCAGAGGUGCCUCGCUCUCGUCAGAAGCACCCAGUUUCUCAACGCCUACAUUACGGUAGCGGAAGAAACUGCAUUAAAGCAGGCUGAGGAGUCGGAGAAAAGAUACCGAAGAGGUCAGCCACUGAGUGAGCUGGACGGAGUUCCCAUUGCAGUGAAGGACAACUUUAAUACAGCUGGCAUUGAGACAACAUGUGCAUCAAACAUGCUAAAAGGUUAUAUUUCUCCUUACAAUGCUACAGUGGUUCAGAAGUUACUGGAUCAGGGAGCUGUGCUUUUAGGAAAAACAAACCUAGAUGAAUUUGCAAUGGGAUCUGGGAGUACAGAUGGGGCAUUUGGACCAGUCAGAAAUCCCUGGAGUUAUUCAAGACAGUACAAGGAAAAAUCUGUACCCAGAUCUGAUUCUGAGCCUGAAAACUCUGACUGGGUAAUAACAGGAGGGAGCUCUGGAGGCAGUGCAGCUGCUGUAUCAGCUUUCACAUGUUUUGCAGCUUUAGGGUCAGACACAGGAGGAUCUACCAGAAAUCCUGCUGCUCACUGUGGUGUAGUAGGUUUAAAGCCAACAUAUGGACUGAUCUCUCGCCAUGGUCUCAUUCCUCUAGUGAACUCCAUGGAUGUGCCAGGAAUCCUAACCAGAUGUGUGGAUGAUGCAGCUGUUGUGCUAGGUUCACUUGCUGGACAUGAUCCUAAAGACUCUACCACAGUUCAGGACAUCUUUCAGCCAUUUGCACUGCCAAGUUUGACUGAUGUCAGCAAGCUCUCUAUAGGAAUUCCUAAGGAGUACCACGUACCAGGGCUUUCUAGUGAAAUUCUGGCUGUUUGGUCAAAGGCUGCUGACCUCUUUAAGAAUGCAGGCGCUAAAGUAGUUGAAGUGAGUUUACCACACACCCGUUACUCAAUUGUCUGCUAUCAUGUGCUCUGCACUGCAGAAGUGGCAUCAAAUAUGGCCAGGUUUGAUGGACUGGAAUAUGGACAUCGUUCUGACGUGAACAAGUCCACAGAAAGCAUGUAUGCUGCAACACGACGAGAAGGAUUUAAUGAUGUUGUAAGAGGAAGAAUUCUAUCAGGAAACUACUUCUUGUUGAAACAGAAUUAUGAGGAUUACUUUGUCAAGGCACAGAAAGUCAGACGUCUCAUUGCCAAUGACUUUGUGAAGGUUUUUGGAAGUGGUAUUGAUAUUUUACUCACUCCUACCACUCUGAGCGAUGCACUCCCGUAUAUGGAAUUCAUCAAAGAAGACAACAGAACCCGCAGCACGGAAGAUGACAUCCUAACACAGGCUGCAAACAUGGCUGGACUGCCAGCCGUAAAUGUUCCUACAGCUCUUUCAGGACGAGGCUUGCCAAUUGGGCUUCAGUUCAUUGGGCGUUCAUUCCAAGAGAAGCAGCUGCUCACAGUAGCCAAAUGGUUUGAAAAACAAGUACAAUUCCCAAUGAUUCAGCUAGAAGAAGUGAAGAAACAUGACAACGGUGUCCUUCAGCAUCAGAAAUCUGCUUCUUUUUCAUAGUAUCAGAUUUGCUGGUCAGCAAAAGCAGGAAGGCUGUUGGGAUAGUUUAAAAAUGUACUUGUGCAAGAAAAAAAAACACCAACAGUUUAAGACAAUGAUAUGCUGUUAUGCAGGAUGGAAUAAUAAUUUUCCAUUAUUAAUUAAGGCAAAGCAAAUCAUUAAGUAAACAUGUAUAUCUUACUAAGAGCCACUUCUUACUGAUAUUAAAAACACCAGAUUGAAGUUAUUUAUCUUACAUCUGUGAAGCUGCUUUUUUCCAUCCCCAGAGGGCAUGUAAGGUAUCUGGCUCAUUAAAGAACUAACCUGAAUUUUCAUGUGAAAAUUGCAUGGUUGCCAGGGAGCUUGAUUUUUCUCUGGAACAUAGACUUUGGUAAUGGAAACAACCAGACAAGCUGUAAUGGAACAAAGUUAUUGAGAGUCCAUUUGCCAACAAGUAAAUAGAAAUGAAAUCAAGAAAACAGCAUAGACAUAGUUGAUUUUAAAAGCAAACAAACAACAGCUCCCUCCAUCCUCAUUCUAACAAACUCUCAGCAGGAGAUGAAGUACCUUCUAUGUAUACAAAUCUUGCAGAUCUCUGGUUACAUCCAUCAUCAGAAGGAUGAAUUCCAGACUUCUUCAGGGAAAAGAUGCUGAUUAAUCCUUCUCUGCCUUCAUUGUAAUUCUCUAUAAUCAGUGGUUAAUUUUUUACUGUUCGUUUUAUUUUCUAUAGUGUAACCCUCCAUACAAGUAAUGCCAUCUAUUCCUUCAUGGAAGCUCAUUCAGAACAAAAGUAGCUUGAAAUAAGUUUCCCAGCUAUAAUGUUAGUACACCAGGAGACAAAUUAAACAACUGAGAAGCA